GUGCAGCACGUCGUUUCUCGUCGUCGUCGCACGCGUCCGCCGCGUCCAGCAGCUAAACACACGCACACUUGCCCAGCUCCCCCCCUCUCCCGCACUACCCACCGCUCAACGACGCAUCAAACGGUCGCGCGGCGCCGCGCCGCCCGCCCCUUAUCAGCGCCGCCGACGUCUCUCCCGGUGGGCACGUCGCCGUCAUUGGUUUCGGUUUUUUCGACUCGUCAACACGAAUCUUCUCUCCCCAUUGACCGUUUCCGCGUCGUCGAUGCCAUAAUCUUCUCCGGACGUUUCCCGUCCACCACCGGCGCACACCGCCGCGUGCCGCAACAAUUUCGGCGCUUAUAAACGAUAUCGCUAUAACAUUACCACCUACCAUAGUUGUCCAUAUCUCGCGACCGUCGUAUUAUUGUACAUAAUUAUACGUGCUUACCUGCCCAUCUACCUGUACGUACACGCACGCCUGACCCAAUUAUACGCGGUACCGGAAGACCCUGGACACGACGUCUUCAUAACAACUUCCCUGCGUCGUGCCAUCGGCAAAUUCGGCUAGGGCAAAGUGUAGAAAAUCGUGCAAAGACGUCAGGACACGGAGAACCUCUGGCGUGGGUAGGUCCCGUCGAUAAUGCUUAUGGGAAGGUGCACUGGGCACCACCGCGUUACAUGGACGAAGAUUUGGACGGUACUCGGAACGCGAUCGGUGGCGGCCAAGACGACGCCACCGCUAACGGUGACAAAGCCAAAAGGAUACCGCCCCCGCCGCCGCCCCCGUUACACCAUUUCCAACAGCAACAACUACAACAACAACAUCACAUGCAGCAGCAGCAGCAACAACAACAACAACAACACAUGCAGCAACAACAGCUUCAAAUGUAUCAGCAACAGAAUCAACAACAACGCCAUCCGCAACAACUAAACCAUCAUCAACAGCAGCAGCAACAGCAACAGCAACAGCAACAACAACAACGACAUAACCAGUUACGCCAUCAUCAAAUGCAGCAGCAGCAGCAGCAGCAACAACAACAACAACAACAACAACAACAGCAACACCAGCAGCAACUGCAAAAAUAUCAACAAUACCGCAACCGCCAUCAUCAGUAUCCGUCCGCAGUGGCCAAUAGCUCCGCCGUCGCGCCCGUAACAUCCGUCAAUUCUGCCACCGCCGUGGCCAUCACUACCACGGUUACUACAACCGCUGUCGUCGUCAACUCCACGGCGUUUCCGCCGAAGCUUCAACAGCCCUUGUCCAACAAUGUGCUACACGCCAUGGCUGCUGUGGCUGCACCGUACGCCGAGGCCACCGCCGACAGGUCUGACUCGGGUCUCAGUUCGUCGCGCACGCUCAACUCGGGCGACGAGCGAUCCGGAUCGCAUUCGAGCGCGUUCAGCGGUUCUGACGACCACGCGGCCGCCGUGUCGCCGUCCAACGAACAACAUCAGACGCCGCCGUCUCCGUUCAACAAUAUACCAGUCUGGAGGGACCCUCACAUGCUGCAGUCGCCGAACGGUCCCAUAAGACACGUGGACAGUGUUCAGCACCAGAGUCUAUUCAUGUCGAACACGGCGCAAAUGCCACAGAUGAUGUUGCCAUAUCAGCCUUUUCCACCGCCGUCCGUUGGGCCACCGCCACCGAUGCCACCUCAGACGCCAACGCCUUCUGCGAUGCAGCCAGCACUGGGCGCAGCCGGAAUGCUGUGGAAACCAUCAACCGUUGCCACGGCAAACGCAAACAAUAAUUCUGCAGCAGCCAACAACUAUUACCACCAUCAUCGCCCCAAUGAACAGCACAAACCAAACAGCAGAGGAAAUGUAGAAAAGGAUGUUUAUAAAGAAAUAAAAAGAGCCAAACAGCCGCAGUACGCGCAAGGAUCUUCUGGGAGUGGCAAAAAUAGGGGAGGAGGUGUGCCCAUCGAGAACGGCUCAAAUAACGAGUAUGGGCAGGUGGAAAUCGAACGGAUGAUAAACCGUCACCAGAGAGGCAAUCGCGAACAUAGCGAAAAGCAACAAGCCGAGGCAGCUGUCCAUCAGCAUUUUGAGGAGAGCCUGAAACUUGCUCAGCAACAAAGGAGAACCAAUUGGAUAUCAAAUUUACCUUCACCGCCGAAAAAUGUGUACCCAAGUCAAGGAUCCAAAACUCAAGAUACAUUUAAACAAAGACACCCAUCUCUAAAUGGGGCAAAUCAAACAGCCAACCAUCGAGGAGUCGACGAUUGGAAAGAUAAGAAAACCAAAUAUGCAUCUCCUAGAUCAACACCGGUUGAUCCUUCAUCUUCUAGACCUCCAACUCAACAAGCACAUUACAGAAAUCAGGCUGUUCCUAAAUCGAAUUCUGAUCACGAAAAUGCAUUAACCAACGCCAACGAAGGUGGAAACCAUAAUAAUAUGAUCUCGUAUACUCCUUACAUGAAUGCUAAUCAUGUGUAUGCACCUCCUUCCAAUUCAUCAGUGAUAGUUAGAAAUGAUUCUUCGUACAAAAAUUCAUCGAUACCUAUGCCAGACGCUUAUUCAUAUAACCGUACUCCUACUAUUCUCACAGUCCCUGCUGUAAAACUAGACGGUAAUAAAGAACCAAAACAAGUCAAGUCAAUGCAUUAUUCCAGGCCAUUGUCAGUCAAUACUAGUCAAUCAAAAGGUCACAACUCUUCUCCAGAACCACAUCAUCCUGGGCCAUUGUUAAAUACACAUGGUCGUUACGCUUUGUAUCCACCUCUAACUGAUAAAGCUCAAAGGGAUUUGGACACACCCCCUCCAGCACAUUUAAAUGCAAUGAUGUCUAAUGCCCUACCAAAAUUUGUACCUGUCGCAGUACCAGUCGAUGAUCUCCAAACGGAAGCAUUAGAUCUAGUUAUGAUUUGUAAUAAAGCUACACAUGAAACUGAUGUUCCUUUACAUUUAAAUUCCAACUAUAAAAAUGCUAAACCAGAUCCUCAAGAUACGAUAAACACAUUUGAUAUAAAUGUUUGUAUUAAGACUAAAAAACGGAACUAUUUAGAAACGUAUUUGCCUAACAAUGAUAAUGUAAGCUCAUCACCUAUCACAUUAACAAGCAAUUUGACUACCAAUUCAGCGAUAUUAUCGACGACACUUUCAUCAAACAGUUCAAUAGUUUCGCCUUCUAGCUUUUCAGAAACUAAUUCAUCAAAUAAAUCAACAACUAAUUUGACAACUGUACUAACUUCUAUUCCGUCUACUGUUUCUGUGAUUGAUCCAAAGACUAUUACAGUUUCUAAUUCAAAAGCCAUCUCGUUCACAUCUUCGACGGAGAUUUCAACUCCUACAUCAGUCCCAAUUACAAGUUCGGCAACCAAAUCGCUGGCUAUUGUUACAACAACAAGCUCGGUAACAACUCCUGCAAAUGCUACAAUAACCAAUUCGAAUACCUACGAUUCUUCCCCAUCUACACCUCCCCCCGUCCUAAUGCCUGCUACGUAUACAGAAAUGUCAAGCGGAAUUAGAACUCAUCCGCACAAGUUAAAGAAAGCAUGGUUACAACGCCAUGUAUGGGCAGAAGAUUUGAAAGAAGCUGGUGUUAAUAUCGACCAAAAUCCGUCCCAUUCUUUCUCUCAAAUGGACGAUACUCCUCCAGUUUUACAAUGUGAAAUUACCAAAAAAAGAAAAAAUUCUAAAAGUUCAUCAGAUGAUAAUACUGAAGUAACAUCACCUCCGGUAAUUUUGCCAUCUACGAGUACUUCGCACGCCGAACCGUCGACAUCUAAUAAUGGGACCAAAAAAUGCAAGAAAAGAAAGGUUUCAAAUCCCGCGACAUCUUCGGAAAGUAAAAGUACAACAGACAAUUCCAGAUCUUUGGAAGUUGUAGAGAAAAAAGUUCCACCCAUUAAGAUUCCUAAAAAGAGAGGAAGAAAACCAAAGGUUGUUGUAAGUAUACCAUUGAAAAAAGGAAAAAAUAAUGAUGGUGAGGUGCGGUUUUUUCAAUCGGGCCCAUGUUUAAAUGCUGGGCCAAAGAUUCAUAAAUGUAGAGAAUGCCGCAUAUUUAUAAACAAUAAGAAAAAUGAUGUUAUGACGCAAGAUGAGAUUGAUAACAUAUUUUGCCGGUUUUACGCAUUUCGUCGGUUGUUCACAAAUAAAACUGGACAAUUGAUGAAUGCUGGGUUCCCUGAUCCUUUCUUGGAUAUUACUGAAGAUGAUGCGAAUCUUUGGUUACCUAACCCGGAAUGUCCACCAAGUUCAUUAGAUGUCGAAGUUGCAAAAAAAGUGUUAGUUGAAGCUGGUCGUCAAUUUUGUUAUUUAGUGAAAGAAGAAAAUAAAGCUCUAACUCUUUCGCCAUAUUUCCAAGGCAAACCUAUUGCAUGGAAAAAAGCAGCAAAUGGUGUAAGGGAAAUGUGUGAUGUUUGUCUUACGACUAUUUUUAACUACCACUGGGCAUGCGCAAAAUGUGGUUUUGGAGUUUGCAUUGAUUGUGUUAAGGCGCGUCUCAAUGGAUCGUCAGAGUCGCCAAACGCCGCGAUCAUGACUAAGAAGGACCUACGAGAGAGGGACACGUUCACGUGGAUGACUUGUAACAGCAAACAUAAUCACGACGUCGAGAGGCUCAUGCUUACUCAAAUCGUAGCUAGUGACUCAAUGGAUGUUGUAUUCUCAGAUUUACAUAGAAUCAGUACUUUGUGGAACAUUUCCAUCGAAUGUGGUUGUCCAGGACAUCCUUUCCCCGAGCUACAGGGUAACGUCAGCACUGAUGACGAGGAUGAAGAUGAGGAGCCGUCUUCAACAACACAAGCAAGCACUUCAAAUGCCAAUAAUUCUCAAAACAGUUCUGCUGAAAAUGCUAAAACUAAUUCUUCCGAGAACUUGAAAAACGAAUCAGCUAAUAACUCAAAAAUCAAAUCGUCGGAGGACUCUAAAACCACUCCUGCCAGGAACUCCUCUACAAAUAGCGCUGCCGAGAACUCGUUGAACAAUCUGGUUGAGAGCUCUUCGAACAAUAUUUCCGAGGGAUCUAAGAGUAACGGUCAUUCCCAAAAUGCUAUUAACAUCGAACCACAGAUUGCCGGGAGCUCUAAUGGUAGACGAGUGAGUGUUCAAUCUGAUCCGGGUAAAAGAGAAGCUUUAAAACACUUUGUCCGAAAGAAAAAUAAAUAUCUGAGAACUAUUCCACGUGAACCGCUUCCGCCACGUGCAAUGACAUUAGCAGAGAGUCGAGAAUUUUUCCCGAACAAUCCUCAUACAUGGUUAUGUGACGGAAAAUUAUUGAGACUUUUGGAUCCUGAAGAUUCUACCAAUUACGACAUGUUCCAAGAACAAUGGAAAAGAGGUCAGCCGGUUAUGAUCAGUGACGUAGGCCAAAGGUUAAAUCCAGAGUUUUGGAGUCCCAAUUCGUUUAGUCGUGACUUCGGCGAAUUCACAAAUGACUUAAUUGACUGCGCCACCGGCAUGCUUAUUGAGGGUAAGACUAUGAAACAAUUUUGGGACGGUUUCGAGAACGAAAGCAAGCGACUCAAGAGUGCGGAUGGUAAACAAAUGUUGUUGAAACUAAAAGACUGGCCAGUUGGUUCUGAUUUUUCGGACACUUUACCGGAAAGCCUUUUCCGAUAUAGAUUUGAUGAUUUGAUGAGAGUAUUGCCGUUAAAGGAUUAUACUCUUCGUGACGGUAAACUUAAUUUGGCAGCUAGAUUACCGGCAUGUUUUGUACGACCAGAUCUCGGACCAAAAAUGUACUCGGCUUACGGGAAUGUGGGAAAUCGCGAUUCCGGCAAACGGUUAAUGAGCACAACUAAUUUACAUUUAGACGUGUCAGAUACAGUUAAUGUAAUGGUGUAUGUAGCUAUUUCGCGCAAGAAUGGAAAUCAAGACGACGAGGCUGAUCAUGAAUGGCACGUAAAGGAAGCAUAUCGGGCGGUCGACGAAGCCGGCUGCGAUAUGGCAAGCAGGAGACGGGCCCGCGAGCCCAAAGAGUUGCCGGGCGCGGUGUGGCACAUUUAUCACGCUAAGGACGCAGACUCGAUACGCGACCUGUUGAACAAAGUGAGCGCUGAACGCGGUGUACCGCUGGAAUCCAAUCACGAUCCCAUUCACGACCAAGCCUCAUACUUGGACGCAGAUCUCAGGGCGCGGUUGUAUACCGAAUACGGUGUCCAGGGUUAUGCAGUGGUACAGUGUCUCGGCGAUGCUAUCUUCAUUCCGGCGGGAGCCCCGCAUCAGGUAAGAAAUCUGCAUAGCUGCAUCAAGGUGGCCGGUGACUUCGUGUCACCCGAAAACGUGUCUCAAUGUUUCCGGUUGAUGAACGAGUUUCGCGACCUGUCAAGCAGCCAUAGCAACCACGAGGACAAACUACAGAUCAAGAACAUCAUGUUCCACGCAGUCAAGGACUCAAUUUCGGUGUUAUUGCACGAAAAUCUAGAAGAACCGCAGGAACAACAGGAAUCAGCAACACCGGAAAAGGAAAAGGAAAAGGAAAAGGGAAAGGAAAAGGAAAAGGAAAAAGAGCAGGAGCAAAAGCAGUAGAUGCGUAUUUGAUUAUUUUUUCUCCCUAUGGUAAUUUAUUAUAAUUUUAUUUUGAUCAUUAUUAUUUUCUCUCAUUGUUAUUACAUAUAUUAAUUUGUAAAUAAUCCAUGAACGACAUUUUACUUUAGUCCGUUUUAAUAUAAUAUAAAAGUUAAUUUAUAUAUUAUUUUUUUUUAUAUAUAAAUAUAUACAUUUUAUAUAUUUGUAUUAUAUUACAGUUACAAAACUAUCAACAUUUUUAUUUUGAUGCUCUCGGGAGCACUACAAAAAAGGGUUUUUUUUUUCAUUAAUUUAUGUGUUUGUUUUCUUUGUUUAAUAUAAUUGUGAUAAUAUGACUUCUUGUACUUAGAACUUAAAGUUAUUAUUAUUAUUUUUAUUGUAUUAUUAUUUUCUAUCUUUGAUUUUGUUAACAUAUUAUUUUAGUAAUAUUCAUUAUUAAAACGAUAUAUUAUGUCAUUUGGAAAUAAUACACAAAAACAAACAAGAAACAGUACAAUUUAUACAAGGAAUGUCGAUUUUAACAAUAUAUAAUUUUUUUG